CCGCGGCUGGCGGGCGACGCUUUCGCCCGCGAGGUAGUUUGCCGACGUUGUGCAAGGACGAAAGUGCUGGCGGGUGGCCGCGGCGUCCCCGCGAGCCCCCCACGAGGCCGGGCGGGCGGCUGGCUGGUGGAUUUCGCCGCGAUACCCCCGGAGGCUCUUUGCAAAGCUGCUUGAAACUUCUCCCAAACUCGCCAUGGAUGUGGCGGCGGCGGCGCUGCCUGCUUUUGUGGCGCUCUGGUUCCUGUCCCCGUGGCCUCUCCUGGGGUCGGUCCAAGGCCAGUUUUCAGCAGGUGGCUGUACUUUUGAUGAUGGGCCGGGAGCCUGUGACUACCACCAGGAUUUAUAUGAUGACUUUGAAUGGGUCCAUGUCAGUGCGCAGGAACCCCAUUACCUGCCCCCCGAAAUGCCUCAAGGUUCCUAUAUGGUUGUGGACUCCUCAAAUCAUGAUCCUGGAGAGAAAGCCCGACUUCAGCUGCCUACCAUGAAGGAGAAUGACACUCACUGCAUUGACUUCAGUUACCUGUUAUACAGCCAAAAAGGCUUGAACCCGGGCACUUUGAACAUCCUGGUUCGGGUGAAUAAAGGACCACUUGCUAAUCCAAUCUGGAAUGUGACUGGAUUCACUGGUCAAGACUGGCUUCGGGCUGAGCUGGCAGUGAGCACCUUUUGGCCCAAUGAAUACCAGGUAAUAUUUGAGGCUGAAGUCUCAGGAGGGAGAAGCGGUUAUAUUGCCAUUGAUGACAUCCAAGUCCUGAGUUAUCCUUGUGAUAAAUCUCCUCAUUUCCUCCGUCUGGGUGAUGUGGAGGUCAACGCAGGGCAGAAUGCUACAUUUCAGUGCAUUGCUACAGGGAGAGACGCCGUGCAUAACAAGUUAUGGCUGCAGAGACGCAAUGGAGAAGACAUACCCGUGGCUCAGACAAAGAACAUCAAUCACCGAAGAUUUGCUGCCUCUUUCAGAUUGCAAGAAGUGACAAAAACCGACCAGGAUUUGUACCGCUGCGUAACUCAGUCAGAACGAGGUUCUGGGGUCUCCAAUUUUGCUCAGCUUAUUGUGAGAGAACCACCGAGACCCAUUGCUCCUCCCCAGCUGCUUGGCGUUGGGCCUACUUACUUGCUGAUCCAACUAAAUGCGAACUCCAUCAUUGGUGAUGGUCCCAUUAUCCUGAAAGAAGUGGAGUAUCGAAUGACAUCAGGAUCUUGGACAGAAACCCAUGCAGUCAAUGCUCCAACCUACAAAUUAUGGCAUUUAGAUCCAGACACAGAAUACGAGAUCCGUGUUUUGCUCACCAGACCUGGUGAAGGAGGCACUGGGCUCCCAGGACCACCGCUGAUCACCAGAACCAAGUGUGCAGAGCCUAUGCGGACCCCGAAGACUUUGAAGAUUGCUGAAAUCCAGGCAAGGCGCAUUGCUGUGGACUGGGAGUCCUUGGGUUACAACAUCACUCGCUGCCACACUUUCAACGUCACGAUCUGCUACCACUACUUCCGUGGCCACAAUGAGAGCAGGGCAGACUGCUUGGACAUGGACCCUAAAGCCCCUCAGCAUGUUGUGAACCAUUUGCCACCUUAUACAAAUGUCAGCCUCAAGAUGAUCCUCACCAAUCCAGAGGGCAGGAAGGAGAGUGAGGAGACGAUCAUUCAGACUGAUGAAGAUGUGCCCGGGCCUGUGCCAGUCAAAUCCCUCCAAGGAACUUCCUUUGAAAACAAGAUCUUCUUGAACUGGAAAGAGCCACUGGAACCAAACGGCAUCAUCACUCAGUAUGAGGUGAGCUAUAGCAGCAUACGAUCAUUUGACCCCGCAGUUCCAGUGGCUGGACCUCCACAGACUGUAUCAAAUUUAUGGAAUAGUACACACCAUGUAUUUAUGCAUCUCCACCCUGGAACUACCUACCAGUUUUUCAUAAGAGCCAGCACUGUCAAAGGCUUUGGGCCUGCCACAGCCAUCAAUGUGACCACAAACAUCUCAGCUCCGACUUUACCUGACUAUGAAGGAGUUGAUGCCUCUCUGAACGAAACUGCCACCACGAUCACAGUAUUACUGCGACCAGCACAAGCCAAAGGUGCCCCAAUCAGUGCUUACCAAAUUGUCGUCGAGCAACUGCAUCCGCAUCGGACCAAGCGAGAAGCCGGGGCCAUGGAGUGCUACCAGGUACCCGUUACGUACCAGAACGCCCUGAGUGGGGGUGCACCCUAUUACUUUGCUGCAGAACUCCCCCCUGGGAAUCUUCCUGAGCCUGCCCCUUUCACCGUGGGUGACAACCGGACCUAUAAAGGCUUUUGGAACCCUCCACUGGCUCCUCGCAAAGGAUACAACAUCUACUUCCAAGCCAUGAGCAGUGUGGAGAAGGAAACUAAAACCCAGUGUGUACGAAUUGCUACAAAAGCAGCAGCAACAGAAGAACCAGAGGUGAUCCCGGACCCUGCGAAGCAGACAGACAGAGUGGUGAAAAUCGCAGGCAUCAGUGCUGGGAUCUUGGUGUUCAUCCUCCUCCUCCUGGUUGUCAUAGUAAUUGUGAAAAAGAGACAUGUAUGUUGGAGAAGACACAUCUGCAUUAGAAACAUUAGGAGGAGCUACUAUUCUUACUCCUACUACCUCAAGCUUGCUAAAAAGCGCAAAGACGCUAUGGGGAACACGCGGCAGGAGAUGACUCACAUGGUGAAUGCUAUGGACCGAAGUUAUGCGGAUCAGAGCACCCUGCACGCGGAGGAUCCCCUCUCCCUCACCUUCAUGGACCAGCAUAACUUCAGCCCAAGAUUGCCCAAUGAUCCACUUGUGCCGACUGCUGUGUUAGUCCCUAUAACGGAUGAGAACCACAGUGCCACCGCAGAGUCUAGUCGCCUUCUGGAUGUUCCUCGCUACCUCUGUGAAGGGACAGAGUCCCCUUACCAGACAGGACAGCUGCAUCCAGCCAUCAGAGUGGCCGAUUUACUGCAGCACAUCAACCUCAUGAAGACAUCAGACAGCUAUGGGUUCAAAGAGGAAUACGAGAGCUUCUUUGAAGGUCAGUCAGCAUCUUGGGAUGUAGCUAAAAAAGAUCAAAACCGAGCAAAAAACCGAUAUGGAAACAUUAUCGCAUAUGAUCACUCCAGAGUCAUUCUGCAACCUGUGGAGGACGAUCCUUCUUCAGACUAUAUUAAUGCCAACUACAUCGAUAUUUGGCUGUACAGGGAUGGCUACCAGAGACCAAGCCACUACAUUGCAACUCAAGGCCCAGUUCAUGAGACCGUCUAUGAUUUCUGGAGGAUGGUGUGGCAAGAACAGUCUGCCUGUAUCGUGAUGGUGACUAAUUUAGUGGAGGUUGGCCGGGUGAAAUGCUAUAAAUAUUGGCCUGAUGAUACCGAGGUUUAUGGUGACUUCAAAGUGACCUGUGUAGAAAUGGAACCCCUUGCUGAAUACGUCGUUAGGACAUUCACCUUGGAAAGGAGGGGCUAUAACGAAAUCCGUGAAGUCAAACAGUUCCACUUCACUGGCUGGCCUGACCAUGGUGUUCCAUACCACGCCACGGGGCUUCUCUCCUUCAUUAGGAGAGUCAAGCUGUCCAACCCUCCUAGUGCUGGGCCCAUCGUUGUGCACUGCAGUGCUGGUGCUGGGCGCACGGGAUGCUACAUUGUGAUUGACAUCAUGCUGGACAUGGCUGAAAGAGAGGGUGUGGUUGACAUCUACAACUGUGUCAAAGCCUUACGAUCACGCCGCAUCAAUAUGGUUCAGACAGAGGAGCAGUACAUUUUUAUUCAUGAUGCCAUUUUAGAAGCUUGCUUAUGUGGAGAGACUGCCAUCCCUGUCUGUGAAUUUAAAGCUGCAUAUUUUGAUAUGAUUAGAAUAGACUCGCAAACUAACUCCUCCCAUCUCAAAGAUGAAUUUCAGACUCUGAAUUCUGUUACCCCUCGACUCCAAGCUGAAGACUGCAGCAUCGCCUGCCUGCCAAGGAACCAUGACAAGAAUCGUUUCAUGGACAUGCUUCCACCUGACAGAUGUCUGCCUUUUUUAAUUACAAUCGACGGGGAGAGCAGUAACUACAUCAAUGCUGCUCUUAUGGAUAGCUACAGGCAGCCAGCAGCUUUCAUCGUCACACAGUACCCGCUGCCGAACACUGUGAAAGAUUUCUGGAGACUGGUGUAUGAUUAUGGCUGUACCUCCAUUGUGAUGCUAAAUGAAGUGGACUUGUCCCAGGGCUGCCCUCAGUACUGGCCGGAAGAAGGGAUGCUGCGAUAUGGCCCUAUCCAAGUGGAGUGUAUGUCUUGUUCAAUGGACUGUGAUGUGAUCAAUAGGAUUUUUAGGAUAUGCAACCUAACUAGGCCCCAGGAAGGUUACCUGAUGGUGCAACAGUUCCAGUACCUUGGCUGGGCUUCUCAUCGGGAAGUGCCUGGCUCCAAACGUUCGUUUUUGAAACUGAUACUGCAGGUGGAGAAAUGGCAGGAGGAAUGUGAGGAAGGGGAAGGCCGAACGAUCAUCCACUGCUUGAAUGGCGGUGGCCGCAGCGGCAUGUUCUGCGCCAUAGGCAUUGUUGUUGAGAUGGUGAAGCGGCAAAACGUGGUGGAUGUUUUCCAUGCAGUAAAGACCCUGCGAAACAGCAAGCCAAACAUGGUGGAAGCCCCGGAGCAGUAUCGUUUCUGCUAUGACGUGGCUUUGGAGUACCUGGAGUCCUCGUAGUUUGGUGAUGCUGUUUGCAGAGCACCCCAGCAGAGACCCAUUCACCUGCUGAGCCAGCAGCCGUUGUACCUGUUACACCUGCACAGAGAGAUUUUAAUGUGGGGGGCGGGAGGCUUUUACAUUGGAGAGGCAACCGUAUUUUUCUUAUGAAGUUGUGUAUCUUAAUAAAAAGGACUUGAUCCGUU